GGCGGCAGAGGCAGCGGCAGGAGUGGCCCCUCUGACCAAAUGGGGCCUAGGGCCCCAGGCUCACGUGAACCACCACUCUGCUUUAGAUUGAGUAACAGCAUGAUUGGUGCGGUAAUUGGUCGUAGUGGAUCAAGAAUAAAUAAUGUGCAACGUUCGACAAACACUAAAAUACAAAUUAUAGAGGGAGAUUCCGAAGCAGAGGUAAAAAUUUAUGGCAGCAAGGACAUGAAAGAAAAGGCAAAAGCAGCUAUAGAAACUUUGAUUAAAAAACAAGAAAGCUAUCAGUCAAAAUAUGAUGUUGAUAAUGUAGCAUCCCAACCCCCUGUUGGAAGAGACUUAACCAGAAAUGAGAAUGUUAGAGUACAGAAGCCAAUGAUAGAUUGGGAUCGAGUCAAGGCGAAAGUUGCAGAAUGGGAAAAAGCAAAAUGGGCAGAUUUACCACCAAUUAAGAAAAACUUUUAUAUAGAAUCGAAAGCAACAACAUCUAUGUCGGAAAUGCAGGUAGAUAAUUGGAGAAAGGAACAUUUUAACAUCACGUGUCAGGACUUGAAAGAUGGUGAAAAGCGUCGCAUCCCGAAUCCUACGUGUAGAUUCGAAGAUGCUUUCCGACACUACUCUGGGCUCCUGGAAAGCAUAACAUCUUCAGGUUUCCAGAGCCCAACCCCAAUUCAGUGUCAGGCGUGGCCCAUUAUUCUACAAGGAUUAGAUCUUAUAGGAAUCGCUCAAACGGGAACAGGCAAAACAUUAGCCUAUUUAAUGCCUGGGUUUAUACAUCUUGACUCUCAACCAAUAGCAAGAGAACAAAGGAAUGGACCUGGGAUGCUGGUUCUUACACCAACUAGAGAAUUAGCUCUUCAGGUGGAAGCUGAAUGUUCUAAGUAUUUGUACAAAGAUCUGAAAAGUGUUUGCAUAUAUGGUGGUAAAGACAGAGACAAACAAAUACAAGAUGUUAAGAAAGGUGUAGAUAUCAUUAUUGCAACUCCUGGUAGACUACACGAUCUACAAAUGAACAAGAUGAUCAACCUAAGAAGCAUAACCUACUUAGUGUUGGAUGAAGCAGAUAAAAUGCUGGAUCUGGGAUUUGAACCCCAGAUAAUGAAGAUUUUAUUAGAUGUGCGCCCAGACCGGCAAACUGUAAUGUUAAGUGCAACUUGGCCAGAUACCAUUCGUCGCCUUGCAAAGUCUUAUUUGAAAGAUCCCAUGAUGGUUUAUGUUGGUACUCUUGAUCUGGUUGCUGUACAUACAGUGACGCAAAAUAUAAUUAUUACCACUGAAAGAAAAAAACGAGCACUUAUCCAAGAAUUCCUAGACAAUAUGUCACCCAACGACAAAGUCCUUGUGUUUGUCAACCGAAAACUUGUUGCUGAUGAUUUAUCAAGUGACUUUGGUAUCCUAGGUAUUCCUGUGCAGUCACUGCAUGGUGACAGAGAACAAUGUGAUAGAGAACAAGCAUUAGAAGACUUUAAAAGUGGAAGAGUGAAGAUAUUGAUAGCAACUGAUUUAGCAUCUCGAGGUCUCGACGUUAAUGAUAUCACACACAUAUACAAUUAUGAUUUUCCACGAAAUGUUGAAGAAUAUGUACACAGAGUAGGACGUACUGGAAGAGCAGGAAAGACUGGCAUAUCAAUUACCCUUAUCACUCCAGAAAAUUCGAAGAUUGCCAGUGAAUUGAUUGAAAUUCUGAAAAAAACAAAUCAGAGCAUCCCAGAAGAUCUUGUAAAAAUGGCUGAACAAUACAAGUCACAUCAACAAAAAACGGAGGCAGAAAGACCAAGAAAAUGUGGAAGAAAAUCCAAGAAGUUUUAA